GUCCCGUCUGUCAGUGUCAAGUGGUAAUAUAAUUACUUAACCUGUUUUUGAAAAGCUGCUUGUCGUUAGGUCGUUGAAGGUAUUUAAUUUUUGAAUUUCGAAGAUGACUUCGGAAGGAACCAAACGGUUCGAGGAGCUGAAGAUCGGCUUUAUCGGCGGCGGUAAUAUGGCAAAGGCUAUAGCGGGAGGCAUCGUCAAGAAAGGUUUGCUGUCGUACUCGCAGAUCUACGUCUCGGGGCCGCGCAUGCAUAGCUUAGAGUCCUGGCAGUCGCAGGGCGCUAACGUUUACACGGACAACGGCACCGUCUGCGAGAUCUGCGAUGUGAUCUUCUUGUCGGUCAAACCGCACAUCUUGCCUGAAGCGAUGGCGAAUAUCUGCAUGAACAGUAGACACAAGAUACGAAGCAAGUUGUUCGUCAGCAUCAUAGCUGGCAUCAAGCUGGAGGCGUUGGAAAAUCUUUUCAGGAGCUUCGACUCUUGCCGCAUCAUUCGAACCAUGCCGAAUACGCCGAUGAUGGUGGGCGAGGGUUGCACCGUCUAUUGCCCUGGAGAGGGAGCAACGGAGAAUGAUGUUAAAAUAGUUAGAACCAUUCUGGAGGCUCUUGGAAUUUGCUACAUGGUACCUGAAGGCAUGAUCGACGCUAUCGGAGCUUUGGCUGGUAGCGGUCCUGCUUUUGCAUAUUUAAUGAUCGAGGCGAUGUCUGACGGAGGCGUUAAAAUGGGAAUUCCACGAGCGAUGGCAACACAAUUCGCUGCACAAACCAUGCUCGGAGCAGCCAAGAUGGUGCUCGAGAGCGGAAAACACACCGGGGCGUUAAAGGACGAGGUCUGUUCACCUGGUGGUACUACAAUCACAGGUGUUCAUGCGCUUGAAAAGGGCGGAGUGAGGGCGGCAAUAAUGGACGCUAUAGAAUGUGCGGCUACUAAAUCCGCAGAACUAGGACGUAGACACGUCAGUUAAAAAUCAAAUUCUAGUAUGAGGGCGGUUAUUUUUGUGAUUUUUAUUAUAGUAAUAUAAAAUGGAAUGUUA